AUGUCUGCCCAGAGUUCCAGUCAACAUAAUAACACUACACUGGGGGCUGUGCCGAGAACCCCAGCUUUGGUGGCUGCAACUCGUCUACUCGAGACUGCUAUCAACGAGGAGUCUGGUGGUUCUUUCUUUGGUAAACUUGGUCCUCUCGGAGUCGCCUUCUGUGAUGCCUACAAGGAUCACGAAACUGUCGUGAGUUAUAUAGCGCAGGAUCCGCUACCCGCUGUUCAGGGUCACUUCGAGGCCUUCAUCACAGAACUCCACCAAUUAUUGGCCGAGGAACU